AUGGAGCGCCUCUGGCUCGUCGCGGCCCUCGCGGCGCGAUGCUCCGCGGAGCUCAGCGCCAUCGCCGUCGAGUCCGCGGAGACGCUCACGGUGAAGAAGUUCCGGGCGCGCUACGUGCGCCACCAGCUGCCCGUGAUCAUCCGCCCGUCGCUGAACGCGCCCAACUGGACCCACCUCGACUUCAAGCGCAUGUGCGGCGCGGGCCCCAUCACGCGCUACGAGGUGCAGCCCGAGCUGAACCAGUGGGGCGGCCUGGGCGUCGGCGUGCCCAUGGAGCUCGACAAGAUGAUCGAGGAGCUCUACGCGAAGAACGUGCGGACGUACUACGGCUUCGGCUUCGACCUCAAGUGCGGCUGCCCGCCCUUCACGGAAAAGGCCGAGCUGCUCAAGGUCUUCGAGGAGGAUCGGUACAAGCACUCCGAGUUCGGCAAGUCGAACUGGCCCGAGCUCAUCGUCGGCUCCAGGGACUCGUUCACGGCGCUCCACGUCGACAAGGGCAUGAUGCCCUUCUGGCUCAAGCUCAUCGAGGGCGAGAAGGAUUUUCGCGUCGUCCCCCUGCCGGAGUGGCGCGGGAAGCUCGACGGCGCCGACGACGCGGGCGCGCCCUUCGUCGGCGGGCCCUUCCCGUCGCUGAAGGCGCCGUUCGACGCGUUCGACGACGCGCUCGUCGAGCGCAGGUGGAUCCAGGAGCGCAACGCGUCGGUCUACGCGGGGACCAUGGAGGCCGGCGACUGGAUGUACAUCCCCGUGGGCGCCUUCCACGGCGCGAAAAACAACCUGCGGACGCCGUCCGUGUCCAUGAGCGGCAACUACUGGGACAAGACGCACCGGAGGCAGAUCCUCGAGAACUUCUGCGAGCCCAUGGUCGCGGAGCGCGGCGGGUCGCCGCUGCGCGCGCGGACCAUGGGCGCGCGGGGGUUGGGCAUCCCCGGCGAGGCCGCGCACACGACGUCGGGCUUCAUCUGCCUCGACGUCGCGGGCGUCGUGGCGGAUCCCACGGAG